CGUUAUUUAUGACCCAUUUAUAUACUACAUACUAUACAUACAGUUUACAUGAAGUCAUCCGUUAAGAGUGUUGGCAAUUGAUCGCCAACUUUAGUGACCAGAUAUUUAUCGGGUGUUUGACCAUCGGAGAGAUGGAUCACUAAUUUUUGAAGAUAUUAUUGAAGAUAAUUAUUUUUCGGUGGCAACUAUUACGGCAACUAUUUUCACGAUAAUUGUGACCACAAUUUAAUAGACAGACAGACAGACACUAUGGAUAUACAGCCGCCAAAAGACAUUAAGAUAUUGGAAUCAGUGGAUGAUAUACAAGUACGGCGGGAGACAGUACUCGGCCGUUACGCACAGUUCAAAUCCGAGGCCCGGGAUAAGCGAUCGAAACUAGAGGACAGUCGGCGAUUUCAGUAUUUCAAACGAGACGCGGAUGAACUGGAAUCGUGGAUCAACGAAAAGCUGCAGACGGCCAGCGAUGAGAGCUAUAGGGAUCCGACCAAUUUGCAGGCAAAGAUCCAGAAGCAUCAGGCAUUCGAGGCCGAAGUGGCCGCCCAUAGCAACGCUAUCGUACAGUUAGAUAAAUCUGGUCACGAAAUGAUAGUUCAGAAUCAUUUUGCAGCCGAAGUUAUUAAGCUAAGACUCGAAGAAUUGCAUCGACUAUGGGAUCUAUUACUAUCGAAAUUGGCCGACAAAGGCCUAAAACUACAACAAGCACUGGUAUUGGUCCAGUUUUUGCGUCUGUACGACGAAGUCAAAUUCUGGAUUACCGAUAAGGAAACGUUUAUAACCACCGAUGAGAUCGGUCAAGAUCUGGAACACGUCGAGCUAUUGCAGCGAAAGUUUGAUGAAUUCCAGAAGGAUAUGGCAUCGCAGGAGUUCCGGAUUGUCGAAGUUAACGAACGAGCGGAUCAGCUGAUCCGCGAUGAACAUCCCGAACAGGAACUGGUCGGCAAACGCAAGGAUGAUCUGAACGAGUCGUGGCAACGGCUGAAACAGUUGACACUGUUGCGGCAGGAGAAGCUGUUCGGCGCCCAUGAGAUCCAGCGGUUCAAUCGCGAUGCCGAUGAAACAAUUGCUUGGAUUACCGAAAAAGAUGGCGUCCUGUCGUCCGAUGAUUACGGCCGCGAUCUGGUGUCUGUACAGACAUUACAACGGAAACACGAAGGCAUUGAACGCGAUUUGGCCGCACUAUCCGACAAAGUGGAUACACUCGGCCAGGAAGCCUAUCGGUUGUGCGGUAUUCACGAAGAUCUGGCCGACCAGACCCGAGCUAAACAUUCGGAAAUUGUUUCCAAUUGGGAACAAUUGAAAGCCAAGGCACUGGAACGGCGCCGACGACUGGACGAGUCCUACUUAUUGCACCAGUUUUUAGCCGAUUUUCGUGACCUCAUAUCAUGGGUACACGAUAUGAAAUCAAUUAUAUCGGCCGAUGAAUUGGCCAAAGAUGUGGCCGGUGCCGAAGCUCUGCUCGAACGACAUCAGGAACAUUGGGGCGAAAUCGAUGCCCGUGCCGACAGUUUUGUCCGUACUGGCGAUGCUGGCCAGAAAUUGGUCGACGAAAACAUAUCGGGCGAAGAAGUUGGCGAAAAACUUCAACAAUUAGCUAACGAACGGCAAUCACUGAUAACCUUAUGGGAAGACCGACGUAUACUAUACGAACAGUGUAUGGAUUUGCAGCUGUUCUACAGGGAUACCGAACAAGCGGACACAUGGAUGGCCAAACAGGAAGCUUUUCUGGCCAACGAAGAUCUCGGCGAUUCGCUUGAUUCAGUUGAAGCGUUGAUCAAAAAACACGAAGAUUUUGCCAAAUCUUUGGCCGCACAGGAAGAAAAAAUCAAAGCUCUGGACGAGUUCGCCACCAAACUCAUCGAAGGUCAACAUUACGCUACCGAUGAUGUCGCUCAUAGGCGUCAGUCGCUACUCGAACGGCGCAAUGCACUGCUCGAGCGGUCAUCAGUCAGACAUUCACUGUUGGAGGACUCGUAUCGAUUGCAACAGUUUGAACGCGAUUCGGACGAAACCAAGAGUUGGAUUACCGAAAAGAUUAAGAUUGCAUCGGACGAGUCGUAUUUGGAUCCGACAAAUCUGAACGGUAAGCUACAGAAACACCAGAAUUUUGAUCAGGAAUUGUCGGCCAAUAAGUCCCGUAUCGACGAGAUUUCCAGUGUUGGCAAACAGCUGAUCGACGGGAAACACUACGCGUCACCGAAAAUACAGGAACGUAUUACCGAAAUUGCCGAACUAUGGCAAUCGUUGGUCGAAGCAGCCGACGGUAAAGGAUCGAAACUGGCCGAAGCAGCCGCUCAACAGCAGUUCAAUAGGGGUGUCGAAGACAUAGAGCUAUGGUUGACCGAAAUUGAAGGCCAACUGGGAUCGGAAGACUAUGGACGCGAUUUGACUUCCGUACAGAAUCUGCUGAAAAAGCAUGCGUUGCUCGAAACAGAUGUUCUGUCACAUCAGGAUCGGGUGGACGGAGUGGUCAUUCAGGCGAAUCAGUUUGUCGAUAGCGGACACUUUGAUGCCGAGGCUAUCCAAUCGAAACAGCUGGCACUUAGCGAUCGAUUCAAUACGUUGCAGACACCCAUAAAGGCCCGCCGAUUGCGACUGAACGACGCACUACGUGUUCAGCAACUGUUCCGCGAUAUCGAAGACGAAGAAAGUUGGAUACGCGAAAAGGAACCGAUAGCCGCAUCGACCAAUAGAGGCCGCGAUCUAAUCGGUGUCCAGAAUCUGAUUAAGAAACAUCAGGCCGUACUGGCCGAGAUUAACAAUCACGAACACCGUAUCCGUAGUGUUGCCCAAUCGGCCGAAGAUAUGCUACGCGAUCAGCAUUUUGCAUCGGAUGAAAUACAGCGCCGAUUGGUGGCACUCACCGAUCACUGGCAAUCGCUGAAAGACAAAGCCAAUCAACGUAAACAAGACUUGGAUGACUCCCUAUUGGCUCACCAGUACUUUGCCGACGCCAACGAAGCCGAAUCGUGGAUGAAAGAAAAAGAGCCGAUUGUCGGUUCGUAUGAUUUCGGUAAAGAUGAGGACUCGACUGAGGCCCUGUUGAAGAAACACGAGGCACUGAUGGCCGAUUUGGAUGCCUUUUCCAAUACAAUUCAAGCACUCAGAGAACAGGCCCGCAAUUGUAAGCAACCGGAACAGCCAGCCGUGGAUCAAUUGGGCAAAGAAUGUGUGGUUGCACUGUACGACUACAGUGAAAAGUCGCCGCGCGAAGUAUCCAUGAAAAAAGGUGAUGUCCUAACCCUGUUGAACAGUAACAACAAAGAUUGGUGGAAAGUGGAGGUCAACGAUCGGCAAGGGUUCGUACCGGCAGCUUAUGUCAAGAAAGUAGAGGCCGUACUGUCGGCCAGUCAACAACAUUUAGCCGAUCAGAACUCCAUCAGUAAUCGUCAAAAUCAAAUCGAAAGCCAAUAUAGCAAUCUGUUGGCACUGGGAGGCGAACGUAAGGCUAAACUGGAGGAGUCGUGUAAGGCCUACCAGUUGGUCAGAGAGGCUGCCGAACUGGCCCAAUGGGUCAAAGAUAAGGAACAAGUGGCAGCUGUUCACGAGGUUGGCGACGAUCUGGAACAGGUCGAAGUUUAUCAGAAAAAAUUUGAUGAUUUUAUGAGCGACCUGAAGGCCAAUGAGGUUCGGUUGGCCGAAAUGAACGAAAUUGCCACUCAGUUGUCGAGUUUAGGUCAGACAGAAGCGGCCGUCAAGAUUACCCAACAAGUCGAGGAACUGAACCAAAAGUGGACACACCUGCAGGAAGUGACCACCGAACGAGCCCAACAACUCGGUUCGGCUCACGAAGUCCAGCGAUUUCAUCGCGAUGUCGACGAAACCAAAGAUUGGAUCAAAGAAAAAGAGGACGCCUUGAAUAACGAUGAUUACGGUCACGAUUUGCGAUCGGUUCAGACAUUGCAGCGCAAACACGAAGGCCUGGAACGUGAUUUGGCAGCACUGGGCGAUAAAAUCAAACAAUUGGACGAAACAGCUCAUCGACUGAUGCAAUCGCAUCCGGAAAGUGCUGACCAAACCUACGAUAAACAACGCGAAAUCAACGAUGACUGGAGUCAACUGACCGGUAAAGCUAAUGCUCGUAAAGAAAAACUAUUGGAUUCGUAUGAUUUGCAACGUUUUCUGGCCGACUAUCGCGACCUACAGUCGUGGAUCAAUUCGAUGAUGGCGUUGGUGGCCAGCGAUGAAAUGGCCGCCGAUGUUACCGGUGCCGAAGCUCUGCUGGAACGACAUCAGGAACAUCGUACGGAAAUCGAUGCCCGAGCCGGUACGUUCCAACAGUUUGAACUGUUUGGCCAACACUUGCUCCAGUCGGGCCACUACGCUAGCGGUGAAGUACAACAAAAACUGGGCCAAAUGGCCGCUGCACGCGACGAACUGGAACAAGCAUGGAUUGCCCGUCGGGCCCGACUCGACCAGUGUCUGGAAUUGCAGCUAUUCUACAGGGAUUGCGAACAAGCGGACAACUGGAUGGCCAGUCGCGAAGCGUUUCUCUCCAGCGACGAUAUGGGCGGCGAUAAUGUUGAGUCGCUAAUCAAAAAACACGAAGACUUUGACAAAGCUAUCAGUGCUCAGGAAGAAAAAAUCGGUACAUUGGCUGCAUUAGCCCAGCAGCUGAUUGAAUCCGAUCAUUACGCUACCGAUGCUAUCGACGACAAGCGACAACAGGUCCUCGAUAGGUGGGCUCAUCUGAAGGAGGCGUUGAUCGAGAAACGAUCGAAAUUAGGCGAAUCGCAGACAAUGCAACAGUUUAGUCGGGAUGCCGACGAAGUGGAGAACUGGAUCGCCGAAAAGCUACAGAUGGCAAUGGACGAGAGCUAUAAGGAUCCGGCAAACAUCCAAUCGAAACACCAGAAACAUCAGGCAUUCGAAGCCGAAUUGGCGGCCAAUAAAGAUCGGAUUCAAUCGGUACUGGCAAUGGGCAACAAUUUGAUUGACAAACGCAAGUGUGCCGGUAGUGAAGAGGCUGUCCAACAACGGUUGACAUCGAUUGCCGAACAGUGGACACAUUUGUCGCAGAAAACUACCGAAAAAUCGUUGAAACUCAAAGAGGCUAACAAACAGCGUACGUUCAACGCAGCGGUCAAAGACAUUGAUUUCUGGUUAGGCGAAGUCGAAGGUCUAUUGAAAAGUGAAGAUUCCGGUAAAGACUUAUCUUCCGUACAGAAUCUGAUCAAAAAACAUCAGUUAGUCGAAGCAGAUAUUCAGGCACACGAAGACCGGAUCAAAGAUAUGAACGGUUUGGCCGAUUCCCUAAUAGAAAGCGGACAGUUCGAUACGGCAACCAUUCAGGAGAAGCGAUCGUCGAUUAACGAACGUUACGAACGAAUCAAAACGUUGGCCACCUAUCGCCGACAGCGGCUGAACGAAGCGAAUACAUUGCAUCAGUUUUUCAGGGAUAUUGCCGAUGAAGAAAGUUGGAUCAAAGAAAAGAAAUUGUUGGUCAACAGCGACGACUAUGGCCGCGAUUUGACGGGUGUACAGAAUUUGCGUAAAAAACACAAACGAUUAGAUGCCGAACUCGGAUCGCAUGAACCGUCCAUACAGGCCGUACAGGACGCUGGGCAGCAAUUGAUGGUCGAAAGUAAUUUAGGUGUUCCCGAAAUCGAGCAGCGACUGCAAGCACUGGAACAGAACUGGCACGACCUGAAACGUAUGGCCCAAUUGAGGGGCAAUAAACUCGAAGAGUCGUUGGUUUUCCAGCAGUUUUUGGCCAAAGUCGAGGAAGAGGAGGCCUGGAUAUCCGAAAAACAUCAGUUGCUAUCCAUCGAAGACUAUGGCGACACUAUGGCCGCCGUUCAGGGAUUGUUGAAAAAACACGACGCAUUCGAGGCCGACUUUGCCGUACAUCGGGAACGUUGUUCGGAUAUUAUCGGUGCCGGCCAGCAACUGGUAGCCGAAGGCAAUCAUCAUUCGGAUGGUAUACAACAACGUCUCCAACAACUGGCCGCCCGUUUGGAUUCGCUGGACGCGAGCGCCCGACGCCGUAAAGGCAAACUGUUGGACAACAGCGCCUACUUGCAGUUCAUGUGGAAGGCCGAUGUGGUCGAGUCGUGGAUAGCCGACAAAGAGGUUCACGUACGGAGCGACGACUACGGACGCGAUUUGUCAAGUGUUUCGACACUAUUGACGAAACAAGAGACCUUUGACGCUGGAUUGGCUGCCUUCGAACAGGAAGGCAUUCAAAGCAUAACUCAGCUCAAGGAUCAACUGAUUGCUGGCAAUCACAACCAGACGCCGGCAAUCAUCAAACGACACGACGACGUUAUGAGUCGUUGGCAUAACCUGUUGGGCGCGUCGGAGGCCCGCAAACAACGACUGCUGCGAAUGCAGGAACAGUUCAAACAGAUCGAAGACCUGUUCUUGACGUUCGCCAAAAAGGCGUCGGCUUUUAAUUCGUGGUUCGAAAAUGCCGAAGAAGACCUAACCGAUCCGGUCAGGUGUAAUUCAAUCGAGGAAAUACGGGCUCUACGGGACGCCCACCAACAGUUCCAGCAGUCGCUGAGCGGUGCCCACAACGACUUCGAAGUCCUCGCCCAACUGGACCGGCAGAUCAAGAGUUUCAAUGUCGGACCGAAUCCGUACACUUGGUUUACAAUGGAAGCGCUGGAAGACACGUGGCGUAAUCUGCAGAAGAUUAUCGCCGAACGCGAUGUCGAGCUAACCAAAGAGCAUCAGCGCCAGGAAGAGAACGACCGAUUGCGCCGCGAGUUUGCCAAACACGCCAACGCUUUCCAUCACUGGAUAACUGAGACUCGAAUGUGGCUCUUAGACGGUUCAUCGAUGAUGGAGGGCUCCGGUACUCUGGAAGCCCAGUUGGACGCCACCCGACGCAAAGCGGCUGACGUACGGGCGAAACGUCAGGAUCUGAAACGUAUCGAAGAUUUGGGAGCUAUUCUGGAGGAACACCUGAUUCUGGAUAAUCGCUAUACUGAACACAGUACUGUCGGACUGGCCCAACAAUGGGAUCAAUUGGAUCAGUUGGGUAUGCGUAUGCAACAUAAUCUCGAACAGCAGAUACAGGCGCGCAACCAGUCGGGCGUUUCGGAGGACGCCCUGAAAGAGUUCUCAAUGAUGUUCAAACAUUUCGACAAAGACAAAUCGGGUCGUCUGAAUCACCAGGAAUUCAAAUCGUGUCUCCGGGCGCUCGGCUACGACCUACCGAUGCAAGAGGAGGGACAACCCGAAGAUCCAGAGUUCGAACAGAUUCUGGUUGUGGUCGACCCCAACCGCGACGGACACGUCUCCCUCCAAGAGUAUAUGGCGUUUAUGAUUAGCCGGGAAACCGAAAACGUUACGACCAGUGAGGAGAUUGAAAACGCUUUCCGAGCCAUUGCGGCCAACGAGAGGCCGUACGUGACAUCGGAUGAUCUCUAUUCGAACUUGACGAAAGAGAUGGCCGACUAUUGUAUGCGCCGAAUGAAGAUAUAUGUCGACCCGAAAACUGGCCGCGAAGUGGUCAACGGUUACGAUUAUGUAGACUUUACGCGCACUUUGUUUCAAAAUUAAUUCAAAGAUAUGAAACACACCAUAUAUUUCAACAAAUUAUUAUUAUUAUAAUCAUAGCUUUUAAUUAUUAUUAUUAUAUAUACAUAUAUUUAUAGUUUUAUUAUACAAUUAUUAUUUUUAACAAUAUUUUAACAAUGCUUUUGCACAC